AUGCCAAGUACUCGCUCUCGAAGUGAAGACUUAGCGCUGCCAAUUCCCGAACCGGAGCGUUUUAUCACUGUAUCACGUCGAUUGCGACGUACUCGCACUCUUGUUCCUACUCUUACUUCUGAACCAGUUGAAGAAUCAACCAUGGGAGAACAGUCGCGUCCUCUCAAAUCUUACGCUAUUCCUUCGCAAGCUGAACCUCACAAUAGCAUUGCUUCUCCUGCUAUUGAGGCGAAUAAUUUCGAGCUAAAGCCAUCGCUGUUGUCAGCUGUACAACAAAACCAAUUUUCUGGAAAUGCGACGGAAGAUCCUAAUCUUCAUCUGUCAGUGUUCCUGCAAUACGCAGACACUUUAAAGGCGAAUAAUGUCAGUUCGGAAGCUAUCCGACUGCGCCUUUUUCCUUUUUCACUGAGGGAUAGAGCUAGAGCCUGGCUCCAGUCUUUGCCCGCCAAUUCUGUCACGACCUGGAAUGAACUUAAGAAAGUCUUCCUGGCGCGUUAUUUUCCACCUAGUAAGACCGCCAUGCUAAGAGCCCAGAUCAAUGGGUUUAGACAAAAAGACAACGAGUCUUUAUUCGAAGCGUGGGAGAGAUACAAAGACAUGCUUAGACUUUGUCCACAUCAUGGUUUAGAACAAUGGUUAAUCAUCCAUACCUUCUACUAUGGUCUCCUCUACAAUACGAGACUUACGAUUGACGCCGCCGCAGGUGGCGCACUGAUGGAUAAAGAAUAUGCUGAUGCCUACACACUUAUCGAAAGUAUGGCUCAAAACCAUUAUCAAUGGGGAAGCGAGAGAGCUCAAUCAGAGAAAAAUUCUGGAGAGAAAUCUUCAACGAAGAGUGGGACUUACGAGAUAAGUAGCCUCGACCGCGUUAACGCCAAAGUCGAUGCCCUAACUCAGAAGAUUGAAAACUUCACUAUAGCACCUGUAGCCGCCGUGGUUGCUGUUUCCCCAAAUUGCGAAAUAUGCGGGAUGUCUGGACAUGCUGCCCCCGAAUGCCAACUUUUGGCAGGAGUUUCUCCCGAACCAGUAAACUAUGCUCAAGGAAACCCCUACUCAAACACGUAUAACCUAGGAUGGAAGAAUCACCCUAAUUUCUCGUACAAGAACAAUAAUGCUUUGUACGCACCUGGUCAAGCACCCAGUUUAGCGACUAAAGUAGACGUGUUGGCCACUCACAACAAGAUGCUCGAGACACAAAUCUCUCAAGUGGCACAGCAACAAGCACCUACUGCCGCACCUGCUGGGACAUUUCCAGGACAGCCACAACCAAACCCAAAAGGACAUGCUCAUGCUAUUAUUCUGCGAAGUGGUAGAGAGAUGGAUGAACCGACUGACCCUAGGCUUAAAAACCCUGCUAUGUUCCAAAGCCCUAGGAAGACAACUGAGGAGGAAAGUAGACCCAAGGAUAAACCGAGUGAUCCAAAAGAGAGAGAGGACAAAGAAGGCGAGACGGAGGAGAAAUAA